AUUGUCAUGUUGCAUCAGUGGUGGACUCACUGGAAUAUAGUUGUCUGGCAGCAGAAGGUGAAAUCCUAGACAGAAACCUGAACGAAGUGCACGAGAACUUACUUAUCCUUCUUUUAUCUGCCCAACCAAGAAAUAGCCAUCCUACUUUCUAUACUGAGACCAGAUGGAGCCCAUGUCAGUAUCUCCAAAUGGGAGCACGGAGACAGUGGAGGAUGGUCAUACAACCUCCCUAGAGGGGGCGCUGAUACACAAGGGCCUGAGGCGCAAGAGAGAAUUCAUUCCAGAGGAGAAGAAGGACGUCACAUACUGGGAGAAGCGUCGCAAGAACAACGAGGCGGCCAAGCGCUCGAGGGAGAAGAGGAGGGUAAACGAUUAUGUGCUGGAGAGCCGCCUGGCGGCCAUGAACAAAGAGAACGCCCGGUUGAACACAGAACUGCUGGCCCUCAAACUCCACUUUGGCCUGGUGAGCCCUGCGGGCUAUGCUGCCCACCAGAGCAGCCUGCUACGGCUCCACCAUGCCCAUACCCACAGCCCUCAUUCUCCGCCACCCAGCAGCCCAACCCAGCCCCUGGACAAGGACGUCUACUGGGGUAGGAGGCCCAGCUACAGAGACCCCUCUACUUUGCCAAAUUACCACCACCUACCCCCUGUCCUGACUGGACAACUGGCUCCUGCCAUGAUCAAUCCACAUGCUCUACCAACUAGAAGGGCCUAUCCAUACUUCUUAGAAAUCCCUGGUGUUGUCCACCCUGCAAACUCAUCCUCCCUUCUCCUGCCCCCGCUUCUCCCCUCUCCCCUAUUGUCCUGGACGGGGGUUCCCCUGCUGAGGCCCACCCCUAGGAGAGGGGGUUCAGAUGAGGAGGGAGAACAGCAGGUCCCAGCAGCCUCCUCCAGUGCUGCAUUACCGCACAAGCUGAGGCUGAAGACCAUCAGAGCUCCUACUGUCCACAGGGAUGUCAGAGACAGGGCCUCCCCCCCGCUCCCGCUCUAUGUAUCUGACUGACUGACCACAUAGCACAUGGCACAGCAGCACAGAGCAGACCAACCACAGCACUGAGAACAUGAAGGAUCCAUGCUCUUAGCGCUGUAACAUUGACACCAAAUUUACAGAAAUGCAUUAUGUCCAACUUAAAACAGACAUUUGUCUUUUGAUUUAUUUUCUGAAAGUUGUUGCUUCUCAGGUUUCGCCAUGCUUCCUUACUGCCCAAGUUAACUGGUUUAAAUACAAUGUAAUAUACUUUACUGGCAAUCAUGCUGAACUAGCUGGACUUCGGGAUGAAGCUAUGUUUCAUAGUACUGAGGGACUCUGGGGUGGUGGAUGGAAUUUAUCUUUUUUUUUUAUCGAAUCAAGUGUUUACGUUACUGUGUGGGUAAUGUUAAGGUUUUGUUGGCUGGCUGGCUGCCUGGCUGGCUGGCUGGUAUAGCAAGAUAGCACUGUGGUUCAGUGCCUCUCUGGAGUGAGGAGCAGGGCUGUAGCUACACAUGAGGACGCCGAGCUCCAGACCUCUGUAAUUUAAAACAUUUAUAUAUAAAUAAUAAUACUACAUUUAUAAAAUCUGUUGGGGUCUCAACUUACUGUUGAGAGUUACAAUAGUAGAACAUACAAGGUGCAAUUUCAAAACUUUGUUGCAGCAGUUUUCCUCUUGGUAUAUGUCACUCAUUGACAGUCACUCAAUUAACCCAUGUCAGUUAAAUAUUUUUAGAUUGGUCAAUUAAUCUAGUUAGUCUAGCCAGCUAUCUAAACUUGUAGUAAUCAUGGCCGAAUUACCAAUCGAAAACGCAGGGCACGUGCCCAGUUGCCCUGACCUCCACAGAGCCCCCAUUGAUUUUGUUAGUCACUCUAACUCAGAUAUCAUAUUAUCCUGGCAAAAGUCAUGGCAAAAUGUGCAGAAUUGCACAAAAUGUCUCCCCACCCAAGGGCAAAAUGUGUAGAAUUGCAGGAAAUUGGCUGUAAAACUGAAGAGAAAAUGUUUUCUGUAAAGCAAACUUAAUUAUUUACCUUUGUUAAUAAAAUACUUUUCUGCUAACAGAUCCCUCAUGUAUUAAAUUAUAGUUUUUAAUCUCGGUACUGAGUUAGUGUGUAGCGGCUAAUUGUAUAGCUAAUAGCUAUGUGUUUUCAGAGAGACAGGUGGGUGAAGCUACAGAAACCAAUGUGAUAAAUGCUGGGGUUAUUUAUGCUUGUUUUUGCUGUUCUCAAGACUGCACUAAAACUCAGACCCUGACAACAACCCUGGUGAGGAGUAUGUUUUUGGGUUGUGGUUACAGACAUAUUAUUUUUGUCUUCUCUGCCUGCCAGCAUUUCAAAGAUACUUCAUAGACUUUGAGGUGGAGAGAUGGGCCACCUGUGACAUGUUUUCUAAGGGAUAGGUCGAAAUUUACUGGUUGGUCUAAAAUAGGAGAGGGUUGACAAACUUUUUUUUAGCUUUGGGGAGGGUUGUGUGUUUUUUUGGGGAGCAAAGGGGAGGGGAGUGCGUUUUUUCCUUGGUUUUCAUUAGCUCUUCUGCUCGUAUUUCCCCAAUAAACAAUGGCCUGACUUACUUUUGAUAUUAUCCUAUUAAAGUUUAGACAGGCUUAUGAA